CACGACGUCGUCGACUGUCAGCUGUUUCGUUCGGGCACGCGAUUGACAGAGAACCGUUCGGAGUUAACAGCUGAUUAGCUCAAUAUGGUCCAGCUGCGGCUUGCAACGAAACCGAGAAAACUUCCCCCACUGGACGAAUAACAUCCGACACCCAGGAAACUCAAGUUGCUUGAACGCAGCGAGAGGUCGCUGUUUGUCUCCAAGUAAGCUGCAGAUAAGAAAGUAACCGGUCAUUUCUCCGCUUUAGUGGAAUACACUGUGUUUUCGCUUCCACCGUCCUGACCUAAGGUUAAGCUGUGAACUAACGCUACGUUGCCCCUGGUUAUGAUGAACUUCAGCACAAAUGCCCGUUGCGGCAGUCACACUAGCAAAGAAAAUAUUUCACCUCCAAGCAAAAUAGAUGCACUGCAGGUCCAGCGAGCCAAACAGCGGACAGUUCUCGGUGUGUUGUCAGAAAAUGAUCAGCGUGGCCGAUCCUUCAGCCAGGGAAGCCAAUUUUCCAAACACAGUUCAAUCUCAGACAGCUCCCAGCUCACCUUUCUUGGCCGUCCCUCCAGUUCCAACUUUGAUGUGUAUGUUGAGGAGGCUUGUGAAGUUGUUCUUGCAGAAUCGGGUCAAGAAGUGGUCUCAGACAGCUAUUACCUGGAUGCUGAAACUGCUGCCCUGCAAAAUCCAGAUUUGAGAUUCCUGCUGGAACUGAGUUCAAGUCCGUGCCAGGAUGCAUCUAUGCAGUCUGAACCAGAUAAAUCCCUGAUGUCAGAGGAGGUGCUGUGUGUUUCCGAGUAUGCAGAGGACAUUCAUCUGCACUUGAGGGAGAGUGAACUGAGGUCCAGGCCAAGGCCAGGCUACUUAGACAGACAUCCAGAGAUCACCAAUGGCAUGCGGGUCAUCCUGGUGGACUGGCUGGUGGAAGUUGUCCAGGAAUACAAGCUUGGUUCUGAAACUCUGCACCUUGCUGUCAACUAUUUGGACCGCUUUCUCUCCUGCACAGCAUAUGUGAAACGGGGAAAGCUGCAGCUGGUCGGCACAGCUGCAUUAAUGAUUGCUGCAAAAUAUGAGGAGAUCUUCCCUCCUGAGCUGAACGAGUUUGUGUACACGACAGACAGCACCUACACUAAGAGGCAGCUGGUUCAGAUGGAGCAUGUUUUCCUAAAAACGCUGGCAUUCAAGAUGGCAGCCCCUACCACAAACCAGUUCCUUCGCCUUUUCAUGUCCAUCCACUCAGUCGGUGCCAACACAGAGAACCUUGCCCUGUAUAUAGCAGAGUUAAGCCUGCUGGAAAUUGAUCCAUUCCUGCAGUACACCCCAUCUAUAGUGGCAGCUGGAGCCUACUGCCUAGCCACUUACACUGUAAACAAAUCUUUCUGGCCCGAUUCCCUACAUGUCUUUACCGGUUACACCACGGCUGAAAUUGUGCCUUGCAUGACUGACCUCCACAAGCUAUACCUCAAUGCAGAGAAUCACCCACUACAGGCCAUCAGGGAAAAGUAUAAGACUUCAAAGUAUUGUCGUGUUUCAUUGAUCACUGCACCUGCUGUUCUGCCUUUCCUAUGAGUAACUUCCCCGCCCUUCUUUGACGCUUCUCCUAGAACAUAAUCACAAUGAUACCAAAAUAAAUGCAGCUGAUUCUACAGCAAAUCCCAUAUAUGCCAAUGCCACACUCAUCUGGACUUGUUUAUAUUUUAUGCAAAUACAAUAAAUUAUUUUUAAUAAAACCUA